CGUCACAAGAGGGCGCCGCGCUCCGCGUCUGCGAGUGUUCAGAAGAAAGAAAAACUCCUGCUGAAGCGACUGAUCUCCUCACUGUUAUAAAGAUGACGUUUAUUAAAGUGGAGAGCGAAGAUCUGAAGAUUGAAGAAGCAUUCACAGUCAAACAUGAAGAUCCUGAGGAACAAGACUUGUUGGGGCCGAAACAAGAGCGAGAACUGACGGAAAUAGAAGAGAAAGACCAGUCAUUAAAUACGGAAGAAAAAUACACCCCAAAUGAAGAGACUUCAUUACUAAACAAUGCUCAGAAAACCAAAUCUAAACGUUAUCAUUGUCAUCCCUGUGGGAAGGCUUACAGUAAAAAAACACGCUUUACCUUACACAUGAGAGUUCACACUGGAGAGAAACCUUUUAGCUGCCAACAGUGUGGAAAAGCUUUCAGACAGAAGCCAGCCCUCGAUGUUCACAUGAGAGUACACACCGGAGAGAAACCCUUCACAUGCCAACACUGCGGAAAGGGUUUUACUCAAAAAAAAGAUGUUAAAAAUCACACGAGAAUUCACACCGGAGAGAAACCUUUCACAUGCCAACAAUGUGGAAAGAGUUUCCGUAUAAAACAGUCCUUGUAUGGUCACAUGAGAGUUCACACCGGAGAGAAACCGUACACCUGCCGUCAGUGCGGAAAGAGUUUUGCUCAAUAUCCGACACUUAGUCACCACAUGAGAGUUCACACCGGAGAGAAGUUGUUCACUUGUGAACAGUGUGGAAAGAGUUUUGCUUAUAAACAUAGGCUCAAGAUCCACAUGAGAGUUCACACCGGAGAGAGGCCUUACAAAUGCUCACAGUGUGAAAAGAGUUUCAUUCAGAAACUAACUCUUGACAUUCACAUGAGAGUUCACACCGGAGAGAAACCGUUCACUUGCCCACAAUGUGGAAACACUUUCACUCAAAAAGGAAGUCUCAACGUCCACAUUAGAAGUAUUCAUGGGUCCGCUCGGAAACAAAAACCCAAAGUCCAACGCAAGACCUAAGUGGUUUUGGCUUAUGCCACGGGUGUCCAAACUCUGUUCUAGAGGGUCAGUGUCCUGGAUAGCUUACCUCCAACUUCCUUCAACACACCUCCCUGGAAUUGUCUAGGGCUGCGUCCGAAACUGCUUACUACUCAGGAGGUACUGCAUUUGAAUUUAAACAUAUUACUCAGCCGUUAGAAAAGUACGUUCUAUAUAGUAUGAAUGUGAGCAGUGUGAAUGGAAUUCGGACGUACUACAUUCCCCAUUUUGUCAUGGUCACGUGACCUACCUGCGUCAGUUGUGUCGCUUCAAUCCCAUUCAUGAAUUCUCUCGCGGGGCAUCAUGGGAUAGCGCAGCAUGCAUGGGAUGCGCACUUCAAAAUCUCGCCGGAAGUAGUAAGUCAUCCGGGUACUUCUCGCAUACUGAUUUUCGAAUUCUAUGAAUUCGGACAUACUACUCGGCUCGCAUACGGUAUAGUAUUGAAGUAUGCGGUUUCGAACGCAGCCUAGUAUUCGUUGGAAGAGGUUGAUUAGCUGGUUCAAGUGUGUGUUUAAUUGAGGUUGGAACUAAAAUAUGCAGGACAUGGCCCAGCAGGACCGAGUUUGGACACUCCUGGUGUGUACCUUGGAUACAGGUCAUGUUCUGUAACAACUGCCUCAGGUUUCUGCUUUUCGUUUUUAUUAAAUAACUGUGGUUUUCUAAAUGGACCCAGUCAUACCUGAUGCCUUAAACAGAGUGUCUGUUUACAAUAAACAUUCUAGUGUAUUGAGUAGAGCUGGGCAAUGAUUAACAAUCAGGAAUAAUCUCACGGCAAUUUGUAAUUUUGGUUUAGCGGCCAAUUAGUAUGAAUUCGUACGAUCUCAUUUGUAAAAUUUAGUACGAUUUGCUCACCCACCCAAUGACGAUAGGGUUUGAUGCCACGCCUCCUUUGGGUUUGGGGACAGGAUUUGGUGCCACGCCUCUUUUUUUUAGAUUGUACCACUAAACUGACAAAAUGUAAAACAGUUAUGUUUCCUCGUGAGGUUAGGGUGAAUAAUCGCAUGAUUCCCCUCUCGAGAUGAUCAAGAUUAAUUCCAAUGUUAUGUCCAAAUAGUACUGUAUUGUGUAUUUUAACUUAGAAAAUACUGGUGAAUGAACAAAAGUGCACUACCAUUUGUUUAGCAAACAGCAGUAUUCCCUUCACACAUUAUCAGUACAUUUGAAUGUCUACACGAAUGUAAUUAAAAUAAAUUUAAACAAAAGCUAUUUGUCAUUUCCAGGACUUUGAGUGAUAAUUAAGUGUUUAUUAUGUCAGUGGUUCUCGAUUCCGAAAGCCGACUGUGUAGUCAGCUACGCCUGGAUCCACACCUGCAGGGGGCAGUGGUCUGUACUGUCAUUACACAAAGGGAAAACAUAAGCAAACUAGCAUUUAUGCAGCAUUUUCACAGUACUUCUUGCUCAGUAGUGGUGGGCAAAGCGACGAUUCAUGAAACACUGAAACAGUCAAAGCAAAUGUGUCGAAGCUUCAAAACGUUUCGAAACCCGUCUCUACAGCGACACUUAGCGGUCAUUUUUAUGUAUUGCUCUGGAAAGGCUUCAGUAAAGAAACAGUUCAGCAAGUUCCAGACUGGUAUGUGGAGAUAAUGGGUUCGAAUCCAGGCUGAUGCAGCUAUAGAUGUUUGUGUUUAAAUGCUCUGUUCUUGUAACAUGUUUUGUUUUAACAUUGAUCUGACAUUCGAACGCUUUGUGAAUAAAUAUGUCAUGUUUCGGUCCACUA